AUGCGCUUCAACGAGACGACGCUGUUGGAGGAGGAGACAUUGGACAACACGACGGCGGGUCUGUCGGCGACGAGCCUGUUCGGCGAGCUGCUGCUCGACGCCGGCCAACGUGGAGCCAACGCCAGCGAGGGCGAGCGGCGCGAGGUCGAGUACGUGUUGCUGCUGACCGCCAAGGCGCUCGUGAUGGGCUUCAUCAUUCUGUGCGCCCUCUUCGGCAACCUACUGGUGAUCGUGUCGGUGAUGCGGCACCGGAAGCUGCGCGUCAUCACCAACUACUUCGUGGUGUCGCUCGCGUUGGCCGACAUGUUGGUCGCGCUGUUCGCGAUGACGUUCAACGCGUCGGUCGAACUGUCGGGCGGCCGUUGGCUCUUCGGCUACUUCAUGUGCGACGUGUGGAACUCGCUCGACGUGUUCUUCAGCACCGUCUCGAUCCUCCACCUGUGCUGCAUCAGCGUGGACCGUUAUUACGCGAUCGUGCAGCCGCUCGAUUACCCGCUCAUCAUGACGAACCUGCGCCUCGGCACGAUGCUCAGCGUCGUCUGGUGCUCGCCCACCGUCAUGAGCUUCUUGCCGAUCUUCGCCGGCUGGUACACCACGCAGGAGCACCUCGAAUAUCGGCGCAACUAUCCGGACGUGUGCGUGUUCCAGGUAAACAAGUUUUACGCGGUCAUCAGCUCCGGCGUCAGCUUCUGGGUGCCCGGCAUCAUCAUGAUCGCGAUGUACUACAGGAUCUACCGGGAGGCGGAUCGUCAGGAGCGCAUGCUGUAUCGGAGCAAAGUGGCGGCCGCUCUUCUCAACAAGCAUCUACAAAUCAACGGGAUCUCCGCGGGUCUGACCUCUCUGCCGACCGUAGAUCAGUCGUCGCCCGAUCCGCAACCGGAAGAGCCGCCGAUGACCAGCAGUAGCAAGAUGAAGAGGGAACGGAAAGCUGCCAGGACACUCGGCAUCAUCAUGUCGGCGUUCCUUGCCUGUUGGCUUCCCUUUUUUCUCUGGUACAUCAUCACAGCGCUGUGCGAUUCCUGUGAGAGCGGCGACGUGGUGGUGGCUGUAGUGUUCUGGGUGGGCUACUUCAACAGCGCGCUCAACCCGCUGAUCUACGCCUACUUCAACCGCGAGUUCCGCGCGGCCUUCCGCAAGACCCUGGAGAGCUGUUGCCGCGCGAUCGGCCCGGUGCGCGACCUGCGCCAGGUGCACCGCAAGCAGGACCUCGUCCACAGCAACGCGUCCUCCGAGCUGCACGUCAACAAUCAGCUGCGCAACAGCGAGAUGACCAACGUACACAUCGAGGCGUGCAUCUGA